AUGCUGCUUCGAUAUCCAGCCUUUUCACGGAUAGCCUUCCCACGGGCUCUUCCACUGAUACGGCACUCUUGGGCUCUCUCAUCAAUACAUGCCGCUCCUCUCAGCAGAGCUCCUUGGUUGACGUCCGUCAGGCUCGCUUCCUCUGGCAAUCAGUGGAAGAACCGCCAAGGACACGACCCAUACGUCCGCUAUUCCAAGGUUCAGAAUCUAAAGAGUAGAGCGGCCUUUAAACUGCUGGAGGCAAGAUUGGCCCUGUCAUUCUUUCAUUCGUGCACACUUGGUCAAACUGUGGUUGAUCUGGGCUAUGCGCCGGGCAGUUGGUCACAAGUAGCCGUCGAUCGCACCCGGCCGUAUGGUCGUGUGAUUGGUAUCGACCUUAUACCCGCCCAUCCUCCUCAGGGUGUCGCAACAUUCCAAGGCGACUUUCUGUCUCCGUCGGUUCAGAAACUGCUCAAAGACUUCAUUGCCCAAAGCCACAGCGACCGACCACGCCAUGCCAACAAGAAGGAUGAUGUUGAUGAGGACGAGGACUUGCUCUCCGAGGACACCAUCAUCGAUCAGCCGAGCUACAUCGAUCGAGAGAGACACUCCGCGGGGAGCGCGGGACCAAGAGCCGGCAGCACAACGGAUUCAGACUCGAAAUAUUCCGUAGAUGUUGUGUUAAGUGAUAUGUCAGAACCAUGGGACCAAGUGUCUAGAUCCAGUUCAAGCACUUUAAGUAACCCUUAUGACAGGCUGAUGAAUACGAGCGGUAAUCGGUCUCGAGAUCACGCCGGCAGCAUGGACCUCUGCGAGGCUGCACUUCGGUUCGCCAGCGACACGCUCAAACCUGGUGGUCAUUUUGUCUGCAAAUUCUACACAGGGUCGGAGGACAAAGAACUGGAGAAGAAGCUCAAGCUUCUCUUUUCAAAGGUUUACAGGGAGAAACCAGAUGCAUCCAGAGCAGAAAGCAAAGAGGCAUACUUUGUGGCUCUUUUCAGAAAGGCCAAGGCUACCAUUGAUGGCACGGAGACCAUUGAUAGCACAGCUGCAGAUAGCCAUAAUCAAUAA